AUGAAUCAAGCAGACAAAACAGUUUUGCCUGGGUGGCUCAUCAUCAAUCAUCAACAAAAAAUCCACGACGCCUGUGUUGAUUGGGACACAAAGUUCCAAGAACCUCUUGAGGGAUCGCAAGACAAAGCCCAUGAUUAUGAGAGGCAAGCGCAAGAAGUCCAGCCGCAAACCGGCAGCCCCCAAAAAGGCAAGUCAAUGAACGCGCAGUUUCGCAAAGAACCCCUCCAAACCACGUUUUCCUGUCUAUUCUGCAACCAUGAGAACUGUGUAAUAGUGAAACUGGAUAAAAAAUUGGGUCUUGGGAAUUUGUCCUGCAAAAUAUGCGGCCAGCGUUUCCAGACCGGCAUCAACUAUCUCUCAGCCGCCGUCGAUGUGUACUCUGAUUGGGUCGAUGCCUGCGAUGCUGUUGCUAAGGACGCCGCUGCUGGAAAUGAUAUCGGUACUACUAUACGUGGAGCAAAUGAGGGAUCUCCAGGACCGGUAGGACGCGGGACUGAAAGGGAGGAACUAGAUCAGGCUGAAGCUGACCUCGAUGAUUAUUGA